GCACGCAAAGGAAAUUGACACAAACGGAGCGACUCUGUUCAAGCUCUGUUCAAGUUGUACAACGCGGAGCUGGACUUUUAUUCACGGGAAUCCAUGACAUGGAGAGGGAGGCCGAGGGGUGAGAUGGGCUGUGGAUUGGGUCCAGUCACAGCAGAUGCUCAACAGUCACCAUGAAUAGCAGCAUUAAAGGGGCACACUCGAGUGCCAUCAAAGCAGAAGUGAGACGGCAUGAGAGUGUCCAGAACAACAUUAACAAACUCCGCAAGCAGCUGGAGAGGGUGACCGACCAACAGCUCCGAACUGGCCUCAAGCUUUACCUCCACAGCAUCCAAGUGGCCUGUGCAAACAGUCAAGAAUGGACUUUAAAUCGCUCUAUACCAGAACUGCACGUGGGUCUGUUGGGAAGUCUGAAGAGUGGCAAAUCUGCCUUGGUCAACAGGUACAUCACUGGCAGCUACGUUCCUAUGGAAUGCCCUGAAGGAGGGAGGUACAAAAAGGAGGUAUUGGUGGAUGGACAGAGUCAUCUUUUACUAAUCAGAGAGGAGCCUGGGCUGCCUGAUGCACAGUUCAGCAAUUGGGUGGACGCAGUCGUCUUUGUGUUCAGUUUGGAGAAUGAAGCAAGCUUCCAAGAAGUGUACAAAGACUUCAGCGAAUUUAGUUCCCACCGAAGCUGUGCUGAUAUUCCACUGAUAGUUGUGGGCACCCAAGACAAGAUAAAUAGCACCAACCCUCGCGUGAUCGAGGAUAGCCGUGCUCGUCAACUGUCUGUGGAUGUGAAGCGUUCCGUGUAUUACGAGACCUGUGCCACCUAUGGCCUCAAUGUGGACAGAGUAUUCACAGAGGCUGCUCAGAGGAUUGUUGCUGCAAAAAAGCAAGCAGCCCUCCUCGCUGCCAGCAAAUCCCUUCCAAACUCCCCCUGUCAUUCUGCAGACUCAACAUCUGUGUCAGGGCCCUACCACGGACAGGCCAGUAAUGGAGGUCAGUGUAGUGACAUCUCCUCCUCCCUGCCCUCCACUCCUGUGGUUGGUCAUAGAGAGCUGCGGGGAGAAGGAGGCUCUCAGAGAAAUGUCCCUCGACGACGGACAUCCCUAUUUGGGAAUCGCAGAGGGAGUGACUCAGAAAAGAAAACACCUGACAACAGGGCUGAAGUAGCUGGCAUACGUUCAACUUUCAUCAGACAGGGCAUACUCUACAAACGCAGUGGAAGCUCGCUGAACAAGGAUUGGAAGAAAAAGUUUGUUACACUGUCUAACAAUGGCAUUCUGUAUUACCAUUCAAAUCAAAAUGACUACACGCAGAACGUGCAUGGUAAAGAGAUCAAUUUGUUACGCGUGACGGUCAAAGUGCCAGGCAAGCGCCCCCCUCGUGCUAUGACUCCCGGUGUCUCGACAUCAGCCCUGAAUGGAGUACCCAAGGAUGGACUGGCCUCUGAAGGGACCUCACCGGCUGCCUCCUUAAGCCCUGUCAGCCUGCUGCCUGUGGAUGAGGGAGCCGGAGUAACCAAUCCCCCCGCUCGGGAGACUGGACUUCGAGAGACUGGGCUUCGACGGUGCGCUUCAACACUGUCAAAUAAGAACUUCCCCACAGACGCUGACGGAAUUUCCAGCCUGGCCUCAGGAAAAGAACAGGUCCCAGCCUCCCCAAUGACCAACCGGAAAAAGCCCACAAGGAAAAAAAGCAUGAACCCCAAAGGUGAUGCAGCCAUGGGUCAAGCUGAGGAGGAGGACAAUCGCGACUUCAUAAUAGUAUCAAGCACAGGACAAACCUGGCACUUUGAAGCCUUAAGUCAAGACGAGAGAGAUGCCUGGGUCCUAGCCAUUGAGAGUCAGAUCCUUGCCUGUCUGCAAGGCUGUGAGAGCAACAGGCAUAAGGCUCGGCGCAACAGCCAGAGUGAAUUGGCCCUGCAAGCUAUCCGUAAUGCUAAGGGCAACAACCUCUGUGUCGACUGUGGAGCACCAAAUCCAACAUGGGCGAGUCUUAACCUGGGAGCACUAAUCUGCAUUGAGUGCUCAGGUAUCCAUAGGAACCUGGGGACCCAUCUGUCCCGUGUCCGCUCUCUGGACCUAGAUGACCUGUCCCCUGAGCUCUCCCAAGUGCUAAGAGCUAUCGGGAACCACAUGGCAAACAGUGUCUGGGAGAGCUGUACUCAGGGGCGACACAAGCCAACGCCAGAGGCCUCCAGGGAGGAGAGGGAGGCAUGGAUUCGAGCCAAGUAUGAGCAGCGUGUCUUCGUAGCGCCCUUGCCUGCCCAGGCUGAGGACAGCAGGGGUUCCAUGUCAGACUGGCUGCUCUGUGCAGUGGUCGAGAGGGACCUCCCCCGCCUACUGCUGCUCCUGGCCCACAGCAACAAGGAGCUGAUCAAUGCCCCGCUGGUCAAGGCUUCUCCACACCCACGCACAGCCCUACAUGCUGCUUGCAAUCUUGGGGAUGUGGUUAUGACCCAACUGCUGGUCUGGAACGGCAUUGAUGUGAAGGCAAAAGGUCCACAAGGCCAGACAGCUUUGGCCAUGGCUCGAAACGCAGGGAGCAGAGAGUGUGCUGAGAUCCUGCUGCAAUACGGUUGUCCCAAUGAACUCUCUCCCACCAUGUCUACACCUAGCCUCUCCCGAAAAAAUAGCACAACCAGUUUGGGAAGAGCCAACUCCAGGAGAAGGGAGAACUUCUGAUGUCUUAAAUACAGAGACAUGGAUAGAAUAUAUAUAUAUACAUCUAGAAAACUUCAAGAAUUAAUUGUAAAAAGAUCAUUUGAAAUCUGAAAAAGUGUGUGUGUGUGUGUGUGUGUGUGUGUGUGAGAGAGAGAGAGUGAGAGAGAGAGAGAGAGAGAGAGAGAGAGAGAGGAAGAUUGUGACCUCCUCUGUAGUCAUCACUGAAAUCUACAAGGACCGUUUAAAAUAACUGAUAUCAAUGUAACCAACGAAAGGAUUUUUCAGAUACUGGUCAAUGUAAUAUCAAUGUUAUCACCAUGUGUGCAAAAUCGUUUUUCAUACUCUGCAUCACUAUUAGUACAAAAUGUUUGCAUUUCAAGAAUAAUCAAGUACGCAGUAUUUUUA